AUGAAUAGGAGGCGAGCCCUAGCAGCCCGAGCGAGGGAUAAUGGAAGGUGCAAAGCGAAGUUAACUUGGGCGCAAUGGGCCGCUGCACACGACUCGACCGCCCUCGCGACUUCUGGCUCUCAUGCAUGCAAGGGUGCAGUGGCAUAUGCUGCAAACGCUGUUGAAGCUGCCACCGUCAAGGUCUUCAUUGGCAUGGCCCUCAUGCGGUUCUGGUUGCAUCUCUCGAUCUCGACAUAUUGCAAGCUUGACUCGCGUGGAGUGUAUGCCCCCCGCCGACAUCCAAUUAAUUUGCGCAUGCGCAUUGCAGUUGUGGUUCGAAUUCUCGCGACGGAACAUGUUCCGAGGUUUUGGUGCGGUCGAAGUUCGAGUUCAACACAGGGGCCAAGACCUCAUGAUCUUGAGGCUGAGCCUACCUUGACCAGCCAUGGCCACCGGGCUGUUCACAUUGUGUAG